AAUUUGCAGUAAAAUUCUGUGAAGAGACUGUUUUGAUGUGAUAAUGCACCAGGAGGAGGGUCGUGGAGGACUGGUAAGAGGAGGGUGUGUGUGUGGGAAACGGCAGAGACAAGCCCACAGCAGCUUACCCAAACUCGCAUUAGAUCUGGGUUGCGACUAUCAUAUGAUGGUUUCUCUUCUGUUUGCAUUCUUCAUGGCAUUCUGCCGGCUUGAAUGAUCUCAUGGAAUGCACAUGGGAUUUUUCUUCAAGAAAACAUUUGCACUCGACUGCUCUCUCACGUAGACUGGAGUCUCCACGUUGGUUCAUUUGAAUUAAUUUUAUGGAGAGUUUUGUUUCUGAGUACAUCAUGAGAUUUGGGAUGUGACGCAAGGUGUCUUUGCUGACUGGGUCGAUGCCGUACUGAAGCUGAAGGAAAAUGCGGAUAUGCUCGUUAAUUUGGAUUCUGCACUUUAUGAAUCUCACCGAAGGCCUUGAUAACACAAGAGGUAGCUCCUCCGUGAGCAGACUCUGUUCAGCAGGUUGUGUGACAUGCUCUGCCCUGAAUGGCUGUCUGUCCUGCAAGCCCCGCCUCUUCUUCCACCUGGAGCUGGAUGGGAUGCGGCAGAGGGGCGCCUGUCUGUCCUCCUGUCCCCGCGGCCACUAUGGCAGACGCUCACCACACAUCAGCACCUGCGCCAGGUGCAAGGAGGAUUGUGCUUCCUGCUUCAGUGAAAAUUUCUGCACACAUUGUCACCCGGGUCACUUCCUGUUCCGGGGCAAAUGUGAAAACAGCUGUCCAAAUGGACUUUCGGCAAACGCAGUCCUGAGAGAGUGCACAGAGUGCUCUACAGGCUGUGAGGUGUGUGUGAGGAGGAACGUGUGUGUGAGGUGUCGAGCAGGCCUGUACUUUGUCCGUGGUCAGUGCCAUCCCACCUGCCCGAGGGGAUUCGAGCCUGAUGUGCAGCUUAUGCAAUGCAUCCCCCAAGUGCACUGUGAGGUUGGGGGAUGGACAGUUUGGGGUCCAUGUGUUCGGAAGAGGAGCAUGCGGGGCUACAGGAGGGGACAGGAAACGCGUAACCGACAAGUUCUGCUCUCUCCAAGUGUCUACGGUGACCCCUGCCCACACCUGUCAGAGAUCAGGAAGUGUGUCAUCAAAAAGAGACGGAAGAUUACGAAGUUAAGCCCCUUAUAGACUAUUUGUUAGUAUUGCUGAUAUAUUCAACUUGUCUUUGCGCAUUUUAGAUUGGCUGGUAACUAUUGUAAAUCGAAAACUGUUGUAAACAGUAAAGAUGUUUUCAUCGAAAAUAAAACAAGUUUUUUUUUCUAUGCAAUCCGAUAUAAAUAAUAAAAGGGAUGGAUAUGAUCUUGUAUAAAUUAAUCAAUUGAACACUGUUAAUAUAUUGCUUUGGCUGAAUCUGAGACAUUUUAUAUUAAUACCAAUCGUACUAAAUUGAUGCCUGUAAAAUCAAAAUAAUUCAAAUGAACAUGCCUUAUGAAUCUUUUUAUGUUUAGAUGGAUUUUUUUUUAGAAUGUGUUGCAAGCCUUGUAUAGUGUUUGGGUAUUUUGUACAGAAGUGUGAUGCAUUCACAGGAGGAAAAAUAUUUGCCCUGUCUUUUCAGAAUUAAUUCGAUCAUUAUCUCAAAAUCUUGUUAAAGGUUUUUAUGGAAAACAUCUGCUCGUUUUUCUGACUAAUUCUGAAAAACGAGCAGAUUUUUUUCUUCUCUGAAAAUUCCUUUUUGUUUUUCUGAAAUGAUGAAAUCUCUUUAUUGCAGUGUUUUGUGUUAUACAUAACUUGUUUUUUUUUUUGUUAAUUCGGAGAUAAUAUUUGUCAUCCAUUCAGGAAAAACUGGGAAAACAAACAUCCUUUUCUCAGGUGUAUAUUUAAAUCACUUUUGCAACGAAAUGAGCGAAAUAAACAUAACACAACAACAUGA